UUUAAGCGUUCAAACAUGACAAUCAUGGAUGAUAGAAUGUCGUAUGUCGAUCCUAUAAAAGAUCAACAACAUGAAAUUAUACGAUCAACAAGGAUUGAGCCACCAACUCAUUAUACAUUCAAAAUUAAUUCUUACUCAGUACUUUCAAAAAUAGGGAUGGAGAAAUGUGAAUCUGGAGACUUUGAAGUUGAUGGCUAUAAGUGGAAAUUGAUUCUACAUCCAAAUGGAGAUGAUAAAGUGGAAGAUCAUAUUUCUCUCUACUUGGCUAUAUCAUCUAAAGGCAAUCAGCUUCCUCUUGGCUGGGAAGUGAGGGUUAUUUUCAGGUUUCUUAUAUUUGACCAAAUCAGAGACAACUAUUUAACAAUCCAAGAUGGCAAAGUGAGGAAGUAUUCUAAAAUGAAGAAUGAACAUGGGAUCACCCACUUGCUUUCUCAUAAUGCUUUGAAUGAAGCCUCCAAUGGGUUUGUUGUUGAUGAUAGCUGCACAUUUGGAGUUGAACUUUCUGUGCUUAAAGUCUCAAACAAAGGAGAGAGUUUAAGCAUUAUAAAAGAGCCUCAACUUGACCAUUUUAUUUGGUAUAUCUAUCCAUUUUCUUCUUAUACUGGUGAAUCCUACACCUCCCAACCAUUCACUGUCAAGGGAAGAAAAUGGAGGAUGAGGAUGUAUCCAAAUGGAUCCUCUGUGGGAAAGGCCACAAAUCUCUCAAUUUACUUGAAGUUGGAUGAAUCAGAGAACAUUCCAAUAGGGAAGAAAAUCUAUGCCAAAUACUUUUUGGGUAUCUAUAACUUUGGAACUAAAAAAUAUUUUGAAAAAUCAGAUGACCAUUGGUUUACUUCCUCAACAUAUGGCAGUGGCUUUCCUGAAUUCUUGGCUCUCAAAGACCUCAAAGACUCAUCAAAGUCCUAUGUGCAAACUGAUGGUUUGUUUCUCAAAGCUAGAAUUGUUGCCAUGUCGACCGUAGAAGAAUUUUAAAAGUCAAUCCCGACAUAUCAAAUCGUUGGGUUAAUAUUAGAAUAUGAUAAUAUGUAACAAGAAUGUAAAUAUAACACCAUAUAAAAUAUAUAUGUCUGUUUAAAAUAUUAUUGAAUUAUUUCUCUACCUUGUAUCGAGAUAGCACAUACAUUGCAUUGGAAAAAAUUUAGAGAAUUACAGCAUUUGAAUUAAUUGUAU